AUGACAACGCUUGCCCCGACACCUGUUCCCGCAUCUGGACCUGCCUCGGAUCUAGGAUUGGACUCGCAAGCCCCUACGCUAGCUCCACCGACUGCCAACUCGUCUCCGCGCCACGAACAUGCCACUCUCCCGCCUUCUGAGCCCGCUGCUCCAGCACCAGAUCCUACGGAUAUUUCCGUCACAUUUCUCCUCAUUUCCGGAGACAGACAACAAAUGCAUUUCGCUCCAACCAUGACGUUUGGACGGGUCAAGGAGGCGUUUUGGGGUGCUUGGACACCUGAAAAUCCUGACACGAAGCCCCCUUCUCCCUCGUUCUUGCGGGUAUUGCAUAUGGGCAAGGUGUUGUCCGAUGACCAGACUUUGGCCAACGCCAAAUUCCCCGACGUCUCGACAUCUCCCACAGGCACCAUCGUGCACAUUUCCGUGCGUCCAUUUGGCCCACCAGCAGAUGAAGACAUCGUCAAGGCCAAGCGGCGCCUCACUUUUCUCAGUAGCGGCGGCGGCGAUGCUGCUACUACCACCGCCGCGCCAGACGAGACGCACGGACGAAGCGCAGGGUGCGGAUGUGUGAUUUGCUAG